AUGUGUUACAACUCAUUACCUGUAGAUAUUUACAUAUACCCAACAAUACAAUGUUAUAACUGUUGUCGAUAUGGUCAUGUUAAGGAUCAAUGCCGUUCUACACCACGGUGCUAUAAAUGUAGUAAAGGACAUUCAGGUGAAAACUGUACGCAGCAAGAAGACUUCUGCUGCUGUCUAUGUCUUGGUGAUCAUCAAGCUAACAGUAAAAACUGCCCGGAACUAUGGAGACAAAAAGCAAUAAAAGAAACUAUGGCUAAAAGCUGUAUAUCUUAUGCAGAAGCCAGCAAAUUGCAUGGUCCUGUAACAAAAUCAUAUGCUGACACAGUUAAAACUAAUUCUUCUAUCAUAACUGCGGAACAUUUAAAUAAUACUAAACCCCAAAAUACUCUAUCUUCUAAUAUAAUCAAUAGAUCAUAUAAAAAAACCAUUGUACAAAAACCCCGUCAAUCUCCAAAAUUAUCGCAUGGUUAUGAUGUAAACAUGCAUAAGCAAUUAAUAAAAGAUUAUAAUCCUCCUACUCCUGCAGAUGGCUGCGGUUAUAAAUCUGUAGCUGAACAGAAUUUACCAAAUCAAUUUACAGAAUUAAUCAUGGCUUUAAUUAAAUUGCUGACUGAGUCUAAUUCUAUUGUACCGUCCAACGCUGCUUCUCUAUUUAGUGCUCUUCUUCAAAUCUUCAACAACAAUGGCUCCAUUGGCCAAAGUUCUCCAGUGGAACUGUUGUAG